UUGUUUUCAGUUGUUGACUUUUUAAACCUUUCAUACUGUCGCCAUUUAUUUAGGUGUUUGUGUUGCUAUUUUUUUGGCCAAGUAUAAACUUAUUGUGUCACUUGGUUCAUCCAAUUCCUACCUUUUAUUAACAAAUACUUUAAAUAUUGAUAUAGAUUAUGUUGUGCUCGGGUUUGUCUCAAGUUGAAGUUGCAUUGGUCUUGGUGGUGUUUUCUUGUGAUUUUUGGAUAGGUAAUUGCAACUUAUUAAAUCAGCAAAGCAAAACAAGAAUUGAAAAUAAAAUGCACUAAACCAGCUGUAUAUUCAACAGUACAAAAGUGGAGUAUCUAGGAAAUCCAUCAGAGAAAACAUGGAGAAAGUGGAGGACUUCCAUUCCCAUUCACAAAGAGCCUUCAGAAAUAAAAACUUGAGGUUUGGUACAAUGGACUCUUUGUCCUUGAAAAUGUGGCAAUUCCUUUCACCCCAAAUGCACCACAUCAAACAUGCGCCCCCCAACCCCUCGUCCCAUAUCUAUGAGAACCCAACAUACCAUUCAAAGAUACUAGCAUUGAAACAAUAGAGUUUGGCAUAACCCAAGAAAUCCCAACUAGGGAGAGGAGAAAUACCACAGAUCAGAUGCAAUUGGGCAAGGCAGCAACAAGUGACUUAACACUUUCUCCAGCUGAUCUACACAGCACCAUCCCACUAUAAGAAUACCCUUCCUACACAGAUUAUCAGUUGUCAAAUUUUUACCAGGGCUACCUCCCACACAAAGAAAGAGACUCUAGGUGGAGAAGGACUUUUCCAAAUGAAUUUCCAGGGAAACUUGGGCGUACGAUCACCUCUUUGUUGAAGCAUUCUAUAGAAACUUGUAUGUUUGAAAUCCUUUCUUAGGAGUCAUCCAAACCAACUUAUCACUAGAAAUAGGAUUAAGCUGCACUGCAUUCAAAUUAUCCAAAAAUUGAGCCAUAGACUCCAAUUCCCAAUCUUGUGCCUAUCGAAUAAAAACAGAUUUUCAAAUCACCUUACUGUGUAAACACUCCAUGUAAUUAGCAACCUGAGCAUCCUUAUCUCUGGCAAAGCUGAAUAAUUCUGGAUAUUUGGCUUGAAAAGUGCCACUACCAUCCCAAUGGUCUUUCCAAAACAACAUUUGAGUACCAUUUCCCACCUCAAAACAGAUAUAUGAUGCAAAAGUAUCUCAUUCCUUUUGGAUAACUUUCCAUAAUCCCACUCCAUAAGGCCCUCUAACCUCACUUGGGAUUAAAUCACAACUACCUGUUCCAUCUCUGCUGCCAAUGACCUUCCUCCACAAAGAAUCUUGUUCUAAACCAUAUCUCCACAACCACUUUCCCAAUAAAGCUUGAUUGAAAUUGACCAAUUUCUAAUACCCAAUCCUCCUAGUCGAAUUGGGUUGCCAAUAGUGGACCAAUUAACCAAAUAAAUCUUCUAUUCCCCCUGAUUGCCACCCCACAGUAAAUCUCUUUGAAUCUACUCCAAUUUAUUGGCUACACUGGCUAGAAUGGGGAAGGGAGACGUAAAAUAAGUGGGAAGACUAGAAAGUGUACUCUUAAUUAGAGUAGAAGACUCCUCUUUGAGAGAUAGAGUUUCUUCCCCCUUGCUAGCCGCUUCUCCAUCUUUCUAUAAUUCCAUCCCAAAUCGUGCAGGCUUUAUGUGGAGCCCCUAAAGGAAGACCUAGGUAUUUCAGUGGGAGGGCAGAAAUCUUACAGCCCAAAGUACCAGCCAGCACCCCUAUAUCAUCCACCGCCCCUAUGGGAACCAUUUCAUAUUUUGAUGAAUUGAUCCGAAGACCAUAAACCGCCUCAAGACACAGCAAAGUACUCAAAUGGCAGAUUUGGUUCACAUCUGCACCACAUAGGGCCUGUGUAUUGUCUGCGAACAGCAAUUGGGAUAUGACCAUUAGAUUUUCCACUGUGGGGGAAGCCAAGAUUUUUGUACGCCAAGAAUUUGGUUCAGAUCUGCACCACAAGAAUUUUGUACACAUUCUUGAUACUAAUAGGCCUGAAAUCUUUUAGCUCCACUGCCCCCACUAUUUUAGGAAUGGGUGAGACAAAAGUGGUAUUAAGACUUUUCUCAUACAUUCCUCUAUUAUGGAAGCUGUGAAAAAAAUUCAUAACAUCUCCCUUCACCACCAGACCAACAAUGCUAGAAGAAAUCUAUAGUAAAGCCUUUGGGGAUUAGGAUCAUCCUUUCUUGCUACCUUUGUCAAAUUCUGUUAGCAUUAAUUGUUGUCCCUUUGCAUUAGCCAUUAGUUGUAGGAUGAAAGCAGUUUCCCCCUCCCUGAAUGUCUUUAAAAAAUCCUUCUCACAAUUUCAUAAAUCUGGUAAAGCCAAUGAGUCCUGCAACCAUCCUGCUCCAUGUCUUCCUAAGAGCAAGAAAACCGAUCUUAAGAAGUAUCUCCCUCUCUCAUAAAUGUGUAAACGAAAUCUUGAAUCACCUUCUGAAAUUGGCACUUCAAACAUUUUGGAUUCAAUGUUGAACAGUCUUGAACCCUCCAUUACUAUGUCAAAACAAAAAAUUCUCUAAAAACUACCACUUCUACACUGCAGGCACCUCCUUGUUUUGCCUUCAGGGGAAGACGUGGGAUGUCUGGUGUAUCUGUUGGUGGCCUCUUGGGUGGGUAGAUGUUUGUAGAGAGGUUUUUCCCAAUUUUCCACACUACUUGACUAGAUGAAUUUUGAUUACCAUGUCUAAACUAACUUGCAGUAUACAUUUAGUUUCAUAUCAUUACAUUUGGCUGUCAUUGAGUUGAAAUGCAAUUGUAGUGUUAGAAACUUAGAUUCUGCAUUAUAUUAUUGUGAAAAACAUUGGAAAUGUAAUUGUAGUGUUAGAUAUUUAAGUUUUGUGUGCUUGCGAAUCUGCUGUCAGAGAGGUUUGCUUAGCCUUUUUUAUAUAACUUGCAUUAAUAUAAUGCUGGUGUGAUGUUUUGGCAAGUUUCCAUCUUCGCUUAUGACCAGAUGGGGUUUAGUAAAACGCAUACCAUGGUGGGCAGCCAAGAAGACUUUGAGAAGAGGGGGCUUAUACCACGUUCAUUAGAACAGAUUUUUGACACCGGUCAAUUCCACAAAAAGAGUGGUUGGACAUACAAAGUGGAGGUUUCAAUGGUUGAACUAUCCAGACAUGGGUACUUCGAUUUGUCAUCAAAAAAGGACAAAAUUGAAACUCCAAAUCUUUCGAAAAAAGUUAAUUUCGUGUUUGAAAGAUGCUUUACAGCAUUUCCGGAUGGCUAUAGCAAGAAGGAUCCCAUGCUUACAUCCGAGGGAGUGUUACACUAUUGAUCUGGCUGGGAGUGAGCCAAUGGACAGCACUUACCAUUCGCAACUGGACAAUCCUAAUGUUGAUUCGUAUGAAGAAUCUAAGUUUAUCAAGGGUUCCCUUUUCAAUUUGGGUCAAGUGUUGAGAGACGAGGUGGCAAAGCCGGCUGGUGCACAAGUUUUCUAUAAGCAGCGGCUAUUUAAAUAUUUGUAUCCUCGUAUAUGUUUCCCAGUUGUCACACCAGACAGUGAGAGUGAGUCCUCGGCAGGAACUGUGGAGGUCAUGAAGUUAAUUGAAGAAAAAAAGGAGUUGGAAGUGAUCACCAGUUCUAUUGGGAAGAUGACUAAAUCCCAAGAAAAAUGUUUGAAGAAGUUCAAGAAGAAGAAAGAAAAGUUUGACAAGUUCAUGGAUAAUAUGGAAACUGUGUUAAAAGACUACUAUCUGGAAUAUAAUUCCAAGAGCAAGUCAGAUAACUCACCUUGCUGGUGUACAUUGUCCUAGUUACUUUUGUAGUGCAGUAAAUCUCUAGAAUGCUUGUAAAUAUCCAUAGAACAGGUUUUUGCUUAAAAGGAAAUUUUAUAUUUGUAGAUGUCACUUGGAAGACUACCAGAACCCUGAGAAUUUUACUGCUAGCACAGCUCCAAAAUUCAUAGGAUCAACAUAGCAGUCCAUUUACUUUUAUAUUCAAUGUUUGAAGAAGACCUCUUAAGUUAGGGUUAUAAUUCAAUGUGUAGCACUUUAUUUAUGGUCUGGUAUUAAUUUACAUAAUUACAUCUAUAUAUUACACUGGUUUCUCAA